GGCCGCGCUGCAUACGGCACUCCACGGAGCCCAAACACGCGCGGGCAGCCUUCCUGUCUCCAAAAUGAUGGCGUAGGAGGGACACGGUAGCCUUCUCCACGCGUCAGCGACAACCACCACUGCGGCUUGGUACACCACAAGCUUAUACCACAGCUCCUCUGAGCUGCUGAAAAAAUGGGCGGCGGCGCGUCGUCGAUGCAGCAUCGGCUCCACAAGCUCAGCGCCGACAGCGUGCAGCAGCUCGUCGAGGGCAUCGGCCCGUCGUUCGUGGAGAUUGCGAAGCAGCUGCGCGAAAACGGCUUAGACGGCGAGUACCUCGAGUCGGCGUCGGACGAGGACCUGAAGGAGAUUUUCGACGAUCUCAAGGUCCCGAAGAUCAAACAGAAGCUCCUGCGCCAGAAGCUGGCCAAGCUCAAGGACGUCACGUCGUCCACCGGUUCGCUGGACACGCGGACCGACGGCAGCGGCCGAGGGAUGGGCUCGUCGACGCUGUCGCCGACGGUACGCCGAAUCGCGGCGGACGACGUGGUCCUCGAGUCCGAGCCGAUUGGCGAAGGCGGCUUUUCGAUCGUGUACAGGGGCACGUGGAAUCAGCAGGGGACGUUCGGUCGCGCGAUGACGAGGUCUCGUAGAAUCGCCGCGAAGCGGUCGCGCGUCGCUGGCCUCGGCGCGGAGAUCCAGAACGACAUGGUUCGGGAGCUAGCGGUCAUGGCCGACUUUCCCCAUCAGAACGUGCUCAUCGUCCACGGCGUGUCCGAUAUACCGGGCGCCGGCAUCCACGUCAUUACCGAGUUGAUGGCCUACGACCUCGACGACGUGAUCCACCAGAGCAAGCGCGGGCAGCUCGUCCACCAGGACAUUCUGCACGUGGCUCGCGACGUCGCCGCGGGACUGGCGCACCUCCACGCGAACCGCAUCAUGCACCGCGACCUGAAGCCGAGCAACGUGUUGGUAGCCGAGGGCAGCGGCAUAAUUCGGUGCAAGAUCGCGGACUUUGGCAUCAGCAAGGAGCUGACGCACACGCUGACGAAGAUGACGGCGGUCGUUGGUACCUGCAUGUACAUUGCACCUGAAGUGCUCUCGGAUGACGCGCGCGUUGGCACGAGCGCCGACGCGUACGCCUACGGCGUGCUUGCGUGGGAGCUCCUGGAACGCAAAAAGCCGUGGAGCGGCAAGUCGCAGCAUCAAAUCCACAGCGCGAUUAAUCGCGGCGAACGGCUUCCCAGGCCCGAAACGCCCGUCGUGCCCGAGCUGGCGGAUUGGGCCGUCGAGUGCUUCGGCGUCGCGGCAGAACGCCCGACGAUGCACGCGCUCGAAACGAAGCUCGACGAGCUACUCAGUACGGACGAGCGGGACCUCGACACGCUUCGAGCGCGGCUCGCCGAGGCGCAGCGGGGUGACGCCGACGCGUACGACGAGGCGUGGGAGAAUUACGCGAGCGAUCCGCGCUGCGGCGAGAUGCUGGAAUUGUGCGCGACGCUCGCGAAGAAGCGCGCGGAGACUCCGCGGCAACCGGAGUCGUGCAAGUCCGUCGAAGAGCUUCAGAGCCUCGCGAAGAGCGUGCGCGAUGAUUUUCACGACGAGCUUCGAGCCGUCGUGACGCGGGCGGGCGGCACGUACAUGGCGGCCGACACAAAGGCGCGGGCGCGCUGCGUCGAGAAGGCGAGUCGCGAAUACGACGGCGACGUGCGCCGCAUUGUCGACAUCGAGCGGGCGGCGGCGUUGUUUACGAGCGUGCCUGCGCUGCAUGAAGGCGUAAGACAGCUCUCGCAGCUCGGCGGUGAUCUCGAGGUGGUUCGCGUGAAAGACAGCUUCGGCGAGCCCAAGCCGUCGGGCUGGCGGUGCAUCUACUUUAACUUUAAACACGUGCCGUCGGGCGUGGUCGGCGAGCUUCAAGUGACGUUCGACAGAAUAAAGAAGAUCAACGGGCGGUCGCAUGCGAUUUACACCCUGCUGCGAUGCCUCGAGCGAGGCGUGGAGCCGGCUCCCCGCGACAAGGUCGUCGCAGAGCAGCGGCGGAGCGAGGCCAAGGCCGCGCGCGCGGCCGAAGAGCAGGAACGAAAGCGCGAGGCCGCGGCCGCGGCCGACGCGGGGGAGAAGCUCCGCGCGGCCGAAGCGAGGGCCGCGGAGGCGGAAGGCAAGCUUCGCGCCGCCGAAGCCAAGGCCGAAGAGGAGAAGCGGCGACGCGCGGCGGCGGCGGGCAAGUCGCCGGCGGCGUGGUACUCGGAGGGCCUGGCGCGGAAAGAAGAGAAGAAGUGGCCCGAGGCCAUCACAGCGUUCCAGAACUGCGUCGCGCUGGACGCGAACCAUAGCGAGGCGUGGUUCGAGCUCGGGUGGGCGUACUACGGGCAGAAUGGGACCUGUGAAUCCUCGUACGAGCCGUACACGCGGUGCAUCGCGCUCGACCCGAAGCACGCGGCGGCGCACUCCAAUCUCGGCCUCGUGUUGGAGAACGUGCGCAAGGACUACGACGGUGCAGAAAAGAUGUAUAGGAAGGCGAUCGAACUUGGGCCGACUGCUAUAAAGUACUGGAACUUGAGCGAUUUACUCGAAAAGAAGAACGACAUCCCCGGCGCCAUCGAGUUCACCGAGAAGUACAUCCAAGCGGGCAACCCGGACAACGACGGCGAGGAGCGCCUCGAAAAACUCCGAGCCAAACUAAAAUACUGUUGAAUUAA